AUGGCCCGUGGCAAUCAAAGAGAAAAGGCCCGUGAAAAAAACCAAAAAAACCAAAAAAACCAAAAAAAACAACCGAAGAAAAAGGAAGAAGGCACUACCUUCAAAAAGCGUGCUGAAAGUGACGCUGAAAUCAUGAGACAAAAACAACAGAAAGCGCUAGAAAAGAAGACGGAGGGAGGAACCUCUUAG